ACAAACAAACAAAAUAGCCACGUGGAACUCCUGCUGCCACCGGUGAACAUCACAACCCCCAUCAAGAGGCUGCCACACUUCUCCGACAACCUCUGCAAAAACGAUUCUCAGUUUCCAUACCCAAGAAAUGGCUUCCAUGCCUUUCUCUGUCUCCUUCACUGCUCAUUCACCUGGAUUUGCCCAAACCAAAGCAGCACAUCACCAUUCAUGGCCUUCUUCUCCUUAUCCUUCCAUGGCUUUCUUGAUGCCAUCCACCAAAUCCUCUUUUGGGGCCUCUAAUUCAGCCUUUUUGCGAACUGGGUUCUCGCUUUGCUCUUCAGAAAUUCCUGGGGUCUCCUUGAAAUCUCGAUUUUCAGGCGGCGUUUAUGCGAGAGCGGCUACGGAGAAGAGCCUGUAUGAUUACACUGUCAAGGAUAUUGAGAAGAAGGAUGUUCCUCUUAGCAAAUUUAAGGGCAAAGUCCUCUUGAUAGUCAAUGUGGCUUCAAAAUGUGGUUUGACAGCAUCAAACUAUUCAGAACUCUCGCACAUAUAUGAGAAGUACAAAACUCAAGGCUUUGAGAUUCUAGCUUUCCCUUGCAAUCAGUUUGGGGGGCAAGAGCCUGGAUCAAAUCCCGAGAUUAAGCAGUUUGCUUGCACAAGGUUCAAAGCUGAAUUCCCAAUUUUUGAUAAGGUUGAUGUUAAUGGGCCAACCACUGCUCCAGUUUACCAGUUUCUGAAGUCAAACGCUGGCGGAUUUUUGGGUGACCUGAUCAAGUGGAACUUUGAGAAGUUUUUGGUGGACAAAAAUGGUAAGGUUGUCGAGAGAUAUCAGCCAACAACAUCACCUUUCCAGAUUGAGGUAUGUUUCUUCAUCCUUGAAUUUUGUAGACUUUGAUCAUGGAUUAUUCCCUUGAAACAAUGACAAUUUGGCAAAUCUAAUGGUUGGGAGAUGCAAUGAUUCUUCUACAACCCCUAUCCUAAAUAUCUAAGAUGCCUUAUUGCUGUGGUAAUUAAGGUGUUUGACUCUAGAUAACUAGCUACUUGAACAGGGAUAAAAAUUUUCAAGGUCACAAUUGGAAAGUUUUGUUAGCCCAUUAUUUCGACUAUUAUUUAUGACCUGAUCUGUUAUGUUUGAACUGCUGGUAUUAUCAUGCACAUCCACAUACUGAUUCAUCUAUGGUGUGAAGCUGGACACAGCUUUCCUGUUUAUUAUAAUUAGUCGCUCUUUACUGUAAGAGCAAUUCAUAAGGAGCAACAUUUUUCUUGAUAGCUAUUUUUUUUCCCUAGGAAUUUAAUUUUCUACAUUUGGAUUUUUUAUCCUAAUGGUCAAAUUCGAGGAUUAUUAUAAACUAUCAUAUUUUAGUUCUUCAAAGCUAUAUAUGGUAAUGGCAUGUCAGGAUUAUUUGGAUUUUUGGUCCUGAUGUUGAAAUUUGAGGAAUAUUAUAGACUAGUUGAAUUCAAAUUUUGAACCUUUGGUCAAGAGUAUCCAUAGAUUUUGGAAUACUCUAGAUGAGCUCUUGGAUUAUGGUCCCUUUUGCAGGGUUGCGAAUGUUUUAAAAAUCAUUUUUCUAAUAAACAUCACGUAAUCUAUUUUGGAUCUCCUGAAGAAAAAAUUUGAUUAAAGGGUAAAAGGAAAAAAAAAAUGUGUGAGAUAUGGGAACCAAAGGAAUGUAAAAAUAGAAAUACACCUGUUGGAGUUUUUAUAUAUGUGACAAUUCAGUAAUUGACCACGAUCCAUUUAACGCAUCAAUAUUAACAGCUAUUACUAGUUGCCUGAAGUAUUGCGGUUUAUCCCGUAUAAACUUAAAACUCAGCAAUUAGAUAAAGGGGAGUGUGACCUCAACUCUUCAGUUUAAAAUUCACCAUCAAGGUGUGUCUUAGCAUUUAUUGAUGCUCAAGGCAGUAAGCUUACUUGCAUAGCUGUUGUGUUAUUGAGCUUGAACCAAUCCUGGCACACCCACACACCAACAGCAACGCCCAUAUACACAGAGAAAAGAGGAACAUUUGUUUCUGGACGUUAAUGUUAAUUGGCAAAAAGAUUAGGCAGUGAGUGGUUUGAAUUUGGGCAGUGAUUUUGUUUUCAAAAUGAAGCAAUUUUGUUGAUUUUUUUUUUGUAAUUUGUUGCAGAAGGACAUUCAGAGGCUUCUUGCAGCAUGAGUACAAGUUGUGCAGGCAUGUAUGGCAGCUUCGCUCUUGACAAAAGAAAACAACUGACAUGUAAAUUUCUGGCUUAGGCAUCACACCCGCAUAUAUGUGUUUUUGUUUCUGUGACAUAUGCAUGAAGUUACAUUAUUUGUUUCCCUUGUUUUCCAUUUCUUUCUUGUUUUGUUGAACAGAAAUGCACAAAAUCCUCUUUCUGCAAUUAUAAGAGUUUGAUCAUUUGCUA